AUGGCUUCACGCCCCGCGUUCACUCGCAUUUCCAGACGCCUCGUUAAUCCUAUACUCCCAGAGCUAUCGAAAAGACAGCCGUCGAAACCUAGUGCGCCCGAUAAUGGUGCAAUUCCCGCUACAGAGGAGGCUUCGAGGCUAGGAAAGCAGCCUAGUUGGAGAUCAAAACUUCAACCAGAAGAUUACUGCUCUUACAGAGACCCUACCAUUCCAGUAUCCGAACAACUAGAGUAUGCGAGGCGGUUUUUUGCCAAAUCAAAACAUUCACCUAUUCAUCUCUGGACGACAAACCUAUUCCGAAAAAUUCCUGAAUCAGAUACCCCGGAGGUGGUGUUUAUGGGCCGAUCUAAUGUCGGCAAAAGCUCAGUAAUUAACAUGCUGGUUGGGGAGGAUAUCUGCUAUACGUCAGCAACACCCGGCCGGACACAAACUAUGAAUGCGUUUGGAGUCGGAGGACUGAAAGGUGGCGAAACAAAGAUCAAUAUAAUUGACUCGCCUGGUUACGGCAAAGCUAGUAGACCAGAAUGGGGACAUGAGCUGAUGAAAUACCUAAGUAAAAGAAAACAAUUAAGAAGAGUAUUUCUGAUUAUCGAGUGCAAGGCUGGUGUCAAGCAUUCGGAUAAGGAAGUCCUCUCCAUCCUUCGAGAAUUUACUAUCCCUCACCAGAUUAUCGUCAGUAAAGCCGAUCACUUUAUAACUGAAGGAAGGGCAGGAGACCACAAGGCGCAUCGUACUGCUAGUUUGAAGCAGUUUAGAAAUAUUAUUGCUCGAAUCAGAAAGGAGGUUACUCCCACUCGAGAAGAAGGAAUUCCGCCUCUGGGCGACAUUUUGGCUUGCAGUAACAAAAUUCGGAUUGGUGAAGGCCAUAAUAAACAUCCCUUGGGAAUUGAUGCAUUGCAGUGGACUAUUCUACAAGCUGCUGGCUUUGGCUAUCAACCAUCCUAA